AAGGUCAAGGUCAUGAGUUAUAAGCCUUCAAACUCUGAAAAAAAACAUCAGGUCGUAUAAAAAAGGCAAAACCGAAAUUCAAAAUUAUGCUUCCCAUUUUUUGUAGACAGACAUUAAACGUAUUGUAUGACACAAAAGAUACACAAAUCGAAUGAUAAAUGGCCUCUGAAUAGCAAUUUCUGGAAAAUGAGGCAAAUGAAAAUGGCGGCCUACAUGUUACUUCCGGUGCGAUUUUUUUCAGUUUAGUAAGUUUGUAUUUAGGCUGGUACUAUAGUGCAUAUGUUAUUUUGGACAUAACUCAAUUUCACCGGAAGUGAUACCACCGGAAGUACUAACAUCGAAACCGGAAGUGAUAAUAAAAAUUUUAAAUGUGUGCUUUAAUUCCACUAUGCUGGCAGUCUACAUCAUAUUGUGACAACAAAGAGGAAUCACAGCUACUCAAGUAUUUUAGGCAAGGUCUCUAUGAGGAUGUGCUUGGCAGUAAUUUCGGACGGAAAAUUUUAAAAGAAAACAGCUCUACUAAAGAUGAUUUGGUUUCUAUGGUGAAAUGUAAUAUUGAUAGUGUAUUAAGUUCUACAGAUAAUAAACAACAAGUAGAGUUUGAUGUUUUGUUGGUUGGAGCAGCCAGUUUACAAUUAUUUAUCCAGAAUAAUUGGUUAGGACCUGUUACAUCACAACCUCCUACAGAUUUUAUACAGAAUCAGUUUAUAGCUCAGUUAGAUGAGAAGUGUAUAGAAGACUUGAGUAUUGAUGGUGAAUCAGUAUAUCUGUUAACAAGAUAUUUACCAUACCUAUAUAUUUCAUAUAUUAUAUUGAACCAAUGUCAAGACAGCUUUACAUCUCUGAAGGUACAUAGUUUAAUUUAUGCCAUGAUUUACCAAUCAAAUCAAUCAAAAAAAAAGAUUGUCUUCAUUCAAGCGCUGGCACAAACAGUGUUUAAUUAA